AUGACCUCGUCUCUUUCAAGCAAUCCGGUGGUUGCUGAAGAAAGACCGGCGGAAACAUCCACAGAUCUUACAGAGACGACGACGGAAGCUCCGGAGAAGAAGGUGAGGAAAGGUUACACGAUCUCCAAGUCCAGAGACAGAGUUGGACUGAAGGAGAGCACGAUAAGUUUCUUGAAGCUCUUCAACUGUAAUAUAGCUAAAAAAUCAGGACUCAGGAGCCAUGCCCAAAAAUAUUUUUUGAAGGUUCAGAAAAACGGGACCUUUGCGCACGUGCCACCUCCUACACCUAAGCGCAAAGCUGCUCAUCCUUAUCCUCAGAAGGCAUCAAAGAACGCUCAAAUGUCGCUUCAGGUGUCCAUGCCCUUUUCUACUAAAAUAAGUAACGUGCCCGAGUAUACCUCAUGGGAUGAUGAUACCUCUGUACUGCUUAGCAUAGCCGUAAGCGAGUAUACAUCAUGGGAUGAUGAUACCUCUUCACUGCUUAGCAUAGUAAUAAUGAUUCAUAAAUCAUAA